AUCCAAAGCCCUAGCCCAUCACCGUAUAUAUGCGGAAAGGCUUUUCGGUCUCUCGCUCACAGUUCACCGGAUCAGCCAGAAGACAAGGAAAAUGCCGGCAGGUCACGGAAUACGGGCUAGGACAAGGGAUCUCUUCGCCCGUGGCUUCAGGAAGCGUGGGGCUAUCCCACUCUCCACCCACCUUCGCGUUUUCCACAUCGGCGAGUAUGUCGACGUCAAGGUGAACGGCGCCAUCCACAAAGGCAUGCCUCAUAAGUACUACCAUGGACGCACCGGUUGCGUCUGGAACAUCACCAAACGCGCCAUCGGCGUUGAAGUCAACAAACAAGUUCGCAACAGGAUAAUCCCGAAAAGGAUCCAUGUUCGAAUUGAACAUGUUCAAGCUUCAAGGUGCGCAGAAGAGUUUAAGUUGAGGGUAAAGAAGAACGAUCAGCUCAAGGCUGAAGCCAAAGCAAGAGGGGAGGUGAUUAGUACUAAGAGGCAACCCAAAGGGCCUAACCCAGGGUUCAUGGUGGAAGGUGCCACUCUAGAGACUGUUACUCCUAUUCCAUAUGAUGUUGUCAAUGAUCUCAAGGGUGGAUACUAAAUUAUUUGCUGAUAAGUUAUGUUAUCCAUAUCAUGAAUGGUCAAUGAUAGUUCUAAGUAAUAGUAUUUUCUUGAAGUUUUUGUGUUCCUAUUUUAUCCGUUGUAGAACUUGUUUGCUGAAUGUGUUAAGGUGGUUUACAUUACAGAGCAAAUUGCCUACCCAUUCAGUUAGGAUUUUGUCUUUUUUCUAGUCUCGAUGUUCAGUUUUUGGUGUCUUGACUAGCCAUCCUCUCUUGCUCUUAAAAACCCUUGCUUUUUUCCUGUUGGUGUAUUAAUUGUGAAUAUAUUGCUACUUUUGAUCCUAUUGACCAAUUCUCUAUCCAACUUGUCC